GACAUGAGUAUGGUCUGUCUCUCAGAUUUUGAGGAGUAUGCCAAACAGCAUCUCUCUAAAUCUACAUGGGACUAUUAUGCGGCUGGAGCUGAUGAGUGUCACACUAGAGAUGACAAUCUGCUGGCUUACAAACGGAUCCGAUUGAGGCCACGGAUUUUACGGGACGUGUCGGUCAGUGACACGAGGACCACGGUGAUGGGAAGGGAGAUAAACUUCCCUGUGGGAAUUGCACCGACGGCUUUUCACUGCCUUGCGUGGUAUGAGGGAGAAAUAGCCACUGCCAGAGCCACUGAAGCGGUGAACACCUGCUACAUAACAAGCACAUACUCCACAUGCUCGGUGGAGGAGAUCUGUGCCGCGGCACCCAACGGGUACCGCUGGUUUCAGCUUUACUUAUACAGAGACCGUAAGCUGUCGGAGCAGAUUGUGCGCAGAGUGGAAGGGCUCGGUUACAAGGCCUUGGUGCUCACAGUGGAUGUGCCCUAUACUGGUAAACGCCGCAAUGACAUCCGCAACCAUUUUAAACUCCCACCUCAUUUGAAGGUCAAAAACUUUGAUGGGAUGUUCCAGAUGACCGAAGGCUGCCACGAGGAAUACGGGACUCCGGCCAACACAUUAGACCCGUCUAUCAGCUGGGAGGAUGUAACCUGGCUCCAGUCUCUAACAAAGCUCCCUAUAAUAAUCAAGGGCAUCCUUACAAGAGAAGAUGCAGAGCUGGCUGUGAGACAUGGGGUCCACGGCAUAAUCGUGUCGAAUCAUGGGGGCCGACAACUUGAUGGAGGGCCUGCAACGAUAGAUUGUUUGCCUGAGAUAGUGGAGGCAGUGCAGGGCCGUGUCGAGGUCUACAUGGACGGGGGUAUCCGCACGGGCAGCGAUGUGCUGAAGGCUGUGGCCUUGGGAGCAAGAUGUGUGUUUAUUGGCAGACCAGCAAUCUGGGGCCUUGCUUACAAGGGGGAAGAAGGAGUGAAAGAGGUCUUGCAGAUGUUACAUGAUGAGUUUCGUUUAUCCAUGGCGUUAUCAGGUUGCAGAAAUGUUGCUGAGAUCAACAGGAGCCUCAUUCAGUUCUCCAGACUUUGAAUAGGAACAAAAACUGUAGUUCAGGCUGCAAAACACUACAAUCUAACAUGUCAUAAUGUAUUCUUAAAGAGAUACGGUAAAUAAACCACUGUAGCUUUAAAGUAAGUCACAUUUAGCAAAUGUUCACAGUGGAUUGGCGGUACUGUAUCACUUACUACCGUGUUUUUUAAAUCAGCAAGCACUAACUUACUUUGCAAAUUAAACUGAUCAUCUGAUCAAUCUCAAAAAUAAAUCAUUUGAAUUGCAUUUUUGCUUAUGUGAAUACUGUUAUAGCCUGUUAUUAGAUGGCUCGUUGGAAUGCUUGAUUCUGAUUGGCGAGUCGUGAAAUUUGCAGGUUUGUUAUUCCCAGAUGAAUAACAACGGUUGCUGCAAAUCAUUUUGACAGGUACAGUCUAAUAUUACACAAAAAUGUUAUAUAAAUAUGCAUUUUAAUAACAUGUAUGACACUAUAUUUACAAAUGAUUAAACCAAAUAGUGUGUUUGUGACAUUUGAAACUUUUUAAAACCGAAUAAACUGGUUUUCCUUGCAGAGGUCUGCAUUUGUUAAAAAUUAGCUAAUAAAAUAUUUCAAAUAAAUAUUUAAUGAUCCUUACCUUACUUAUGAGGUAAAUAGCCAUGUAAUAAGCAUGAUAAUGUACAGGUAGCCAGUUGUUAUCAUGAAUACAAGACCUGAUCACUCUGUCAGGGCUUAUUUCUGCGAUAACAACCAUUUGUCUAUACAUUAUCCCUUACAUAAAUAAGCUGAUCAUAACCCAGCAAGCAAAAACCAAGACGUUGAAAUGACGGCUAACUAUAGACCCAAUAUAGACCGGCUAUGAGUAACCCACUUCUACCCUAAAUAGCCUUGAAUUUGGUUACAUGCCAUUUUUGCCAAAAUAACUUGAAGAUGUAUGAUAUUCCAACAUAGGCAAAGUCAACAGGUGUUCAAGGUGUUUGCUUUCAUUUGUUUUAAACUUAUACUUAUACUUAUACAGAUCGUCUAUUCUUGGGCUAUGGUAGACGUCUAUUAGAUUUUCACUGACAGCCCAAAUUUAGCCUGGUUUUAGCCCAAAUUGCUUGCUGGGAAGCAAGGUACAGUACAGGUCUGAUAAAGCACUAGUUUCAGCUCCAAAUGGCCUAUACAUUUAUAUAGGACAGACUAAUAGAUCUGUCAAAACAGGUAAUAAAAGUGAAAGUUUCUUAUCGGGGUGGUUUUGAUGGUUUCUUGUGUAUGUGGCCACAUGUGCAUAGACAGGUUUCAUUUAAAGCAAUUAAAAUUUCAUAUUUUGUGAUUAUUA